AUGGAAGACUACGAUGGGGAGAUAGCGUUUCUCGGCAACUGGGGCCGAUUUCAGCAGAUUGUCUUUUUCCUGCUAUGCGCCAGUGCUGUGCCAAACGGAUUCAACGCUCUCUCCAUCGUGUUCCUGGGAGACAGCCCACCCCAUCGCUGUCUGAUCCCAGAGGCGGCUAACAUCACUGAGGAGUGGAGACAGGCCAGCAUUCCCACACAGGUGGUGAACGGGGAGACGGAGUACAGCAGGUGCACAAGAUACAGGCUGGACCUGAUCUCAAACUUCUCAGCCCAGGGCCUGUCCCCCAGUAAGGAUGUCAACCUCUCUGAAGUGCCACUCGAGGGCUGCUCUAAUGGGUGGACCUACAGUAAGGAGAUCUACCAGUCCACCAUAGUCACUGAGUUUGACCUCGUUUGUGACAAUGAAUGGAAACAGCCCUUCACUACCUCCAUCUACUUCUUCGGUGUGCUGUCUGGGUCUUUUUUUUCUGGACAACUUUCAGACAGGUUUGGGAGAAAGCCAAUCCUUUUCAUUACCAUGGCGAUUCAGACGCUCUUUACCUUCAGUCAGGUGUUCUCACCAUCAUGGGAGGUCUUCUCUGUGCUCUUCUUUAUCGUAGGACUGGGACAGAUCUCCAACUACGUGGCCGCAUUCGUACUGGGAACAGAGAUCCUGACUGGGCCUCCGCGGAUGAUUUACGGCUCCCUGGGAGUGUGUGGCUUCUUUGCUUUUGGCUACAUGAUGCUGCCACUCUUUGCCUACUUUUGCAGGGAUUGGAGGACGCUCCUAAUUGUCAUGUCUUUGCCAAGCGUGGUCUACAUCCCGCUUUGGUGGUUCAUCCCGGAGUCCCCCCGAUGGCUUCUCUCUCAGGGCCGGGUGGAGGAGGCAGAGGCCAUUUUGAGAGAUGCUGCCAAGAAGAACAGAGUCACAGCCCCGGAGGUCAUCUUCGCCGAAACAGAGGGUGAAAAGGAACAAUUUAAAAGAGAGGAAUUCCAUGGCUUUCUUGAACUCCUGAAGACCAGUAACAUCCGUCACAUCACGCUAAUAUUUUGUCUAGUGUGGUUUACUCUAAAUGUAGGUUACUUUGGCCUGUCCCUGAACACAUCCAAACUACAUGGAGACCCUUAUCUAAACUGUUUCAUCUCCGCUGCCACUGAGAUCCCAGCUUAUACUGCCAGCUGGUUGGCCCUCCAAUAUUUACCCAGAAGGCUGUGCUCUAUCGUCAAGAUGCUCAUAGGAGGCGCAAUUCUUUUCCUCAUUCAGCUUGUACCUUCAGAUCUGCCCUCCCUGGCUAUUUCACUUGAAAUGAUAGGGAAAUUUUGUUUGGCCAGUGCAAGCGCCUUGAUAUACCCUUAUACAGGAGAGCUGUACCCCACCAUAAUGAGAAACACCGCGGUGGGGACCUGCAGUACGGCCUCUCGAGUGGGUGCUGCCAUCGCUCCAUACUUUGUCCACCUGGGUACAUAUAACAAGAAUUUGCCUUACAUUCUGCUGGGAAGCCUCACCAUUAUAUCAGCGGUCAGCGUUCUCUUUCUACCAGAGAGCUUUGGGCUCCCCUUGCCGGAGACUAUAGAGCAGAUGCCAAAAAGAGAGCGGAUAAAAUGGCCGUGUCUAUCCAGCAAACAGAAAAAUCCUCAAAAAGAAGGCAAAACUCACUCAGUGAAAAUCCUUGAGGAAACCUGGAUGUAGUCACCAGAACUAUCUUUGCAUGACAAAUCAUGUUGUGAGAGUUAGGGAUGUAACGAUUUCAGUACGACACAU